AUGGAUACUUCAUCUUCACCUGAGAUACUGGAGCUUGAUUCUCUAGAUGAGAAUGAAAAACAAAAUCCUCCAACUGAAGAGAAGAGCGGAGUAUUUCUCAAACAAUGGGACUCGCAGGUGCGCCCCUUCAUUGAAAUGAUCGACUACCUGCGACAUAUAGGCAUUGAGAGAGAGCUUGCCCUGCCGUCCAUCGCUGUUGUUGGAGACCAGAGUUCUGGGAAGAGCUCGGUUUUAGAAGCACUGUCUGGUGUGGGGUUACCCAGAGGCAGUGGCAUUGUCACUCGCUGUCCACUGGAGCUGAAAUUACGGAAGAUACAUGCAGGUGCAAAAUGGACGGCUGUUAUAUCUUAUCAAGACGUACAGGAGACGUUUACUAACCCUGCACAAGUGGAGAGUUAUGUCAGAAAAGCCCAGAAUGUUCUUGCUGGAGAUGGAGUCGGAAUCUGUGAUGAACUCAUCAGUUUAGAAAUCACGUCUCCCGAUGUGUGCGACCUCACACUAAUUGACCUGCCAGGUAUAACAAGAGUUCCUGUAAAGGGCCAACCUGAAGAUAUUGGAGAUCAGAUUAGACGCCUUAUAUUGAAAUUUAUUGAGAAGAAAGAAACCAUCAAUUUGGUUGUUGUACCCUGCAAUGUUGAUAUAGCAACAACUGAGGCGCUGAGGAUGGCACAGGGUGUAGACCCUCAAGGAACAAGAACUUUAGCAAUUCUAACAAAACCAGAUUUGGUGGAUAAAGGAGCAGAAGCUGACAUCUUACAGAUUAUGCAGGGUAAGGCUGUCCCCCUGAAAAAGGGUUACAUCAUCGUACGAUGUAGGGGCCAGAGUGACAUCAAUGAAAACCUCUCCUUGGCUGAAGCCACAAGAUUGGAGAUGGAAUUCUUUCGAAAUCACAGCCACUUCAGCUAUCUUCUGGAAGAACAAAAAGUCACAACAAAGUGCCUUGCCAACAGACUCACCAAAGAGCUGGUUGAACACAUCAAGGCAUCAAUGCCAUCCCUGACAGAGCAGAUUCAAAUCCGUCUGUCUGCUGUUAGGAUAGAGCUGAGGAACUAUGGUCAAGGUCCUCCUCUAGAGCACGACAAGAUGGGACCUUAUCUGAGCAAGAGAAUCCUGGAGUUCAGUGACCAGAUCAGUGAGAUCUGUCGGACUGGAGGACAAGGAAACCUCUACUCACUCCUGCGGCCUGUGUUCAAACAAUGGGAAUCCCAACUGAGAGACUCCAAAGCAUGCUUCAGAGAUGCAGUGCAGGAGGUGAUAGAGAAAUAUGAAGCAUAUCGUGGGAGAGAACUGAUAACAUUCAGCGACUACUCAGUGUUCGAAUCAUUGAUUCAGAAGCAUGUUAAUGACCUCAAACUACCAGCUGUGGAGACUCUGAAGACAAUUAGAGGCAUUGUACAAAGUGAGUUCAGAGCUAUGUGUGAGCUCUGCUUCCCAAAUUUUCCUCAUCUGAGGUAUAUGAUACUAAACCAGAUUGACGAGAUUCAAUCAAAACAAGAGGUCAAAGUGGAGAAGAGGCUCCUUGAAUACAUCAACAUGGAGAAACUUGUGUAUACCCAGGACCCCAUUUUCACACAGAAAUUGGUAGCCUUCCAGUUUGUAGAGCGGAGGCAGGAGUACGAGUCUGUUUGUUUAGAUACUGGAGAGAAUGCAACCUCUGCCAACAACUGUGCUGUAUUUGACACCAGAAAGCUAACACCUGAAAAACUGAUCAUCUACUAUGAGAUCGUCUACCAGCGGCUGGCUGACUACGUGCCUAUGCUGGUCUUGCUGUUCAUGCUGAAAGAAGCUGCCAUUAUGCUGCGAGCAGAAUCCAUGGACCUGCGGGAUGGAGCUGAUGUGUCAAAGCUCCUGGCUGAAGACUCAGAGGCAGGGAGAAAGAGGACAGAGCUAUAUCAGCGCAUGGAACGAUUGCGGCAGGCGCAGGAGAGGAUCAGCAUUAACAUCAACUUCUAAACCAUUGAUUUAUUCAGCUGUCUUUAGUAAUAUGUUUUCUUUUGUACUGUCUUUUCUUGGCAUCAUGUGCAGGAAAAUUCAUAUUCAAACAUCUCUUUAAACUGGACUUUAAAGUAACUUUUGUACUGCUGAACGCUGUUUAAGGUUUAACCACCUUUUGUCGCUUCCAUUUGCUUUUUUGAGAUCAAGACUGACUGAUAUGCAUUUCUAUUCACUGCUGUUAAAGUGCCUGAAAACAAGGUAUUGAAAGAAACUACAAAAGCACAAAUAACAGGCGGCUUCUUUCAGUUUGUCUCGUUGAACUUGCUCACUGUUAGUAAACACAGAUAUAGUGCCUUAUUAAAGAACUUACUCGCUGAAUGGAAUUAUUGGAAUUAUAGCACAUGAAUGCAGUGGCUAUGAAAAAGUAGAAGGUAAGCACAUUAUUUAAAACCAUCUUCGCUAUAAGUGUAUUUUGGUUGUAAAAUAACUGUAUUAUUGGUGUUGGAUCAAAAUCUCUUAUUGCCAAAAAGGAAGUCAAUCGUGAAAUCAUUUAUUCAAAGUUAUUUCAGAGCAAUACAAUGUAAAGGACUGCAGGCAAUUUCAU